AUGGAGCUCCCCCAGGACCUCAAGCGCGCUGGUUUCCUUGCCGCCGCUCUUGCUCCGCCUCUCGUCACCGCCACUCUUGCUCCGCCUCUUGUCGCCACCGUUGCUCCACCUCUCCUCGCCGCCGCUCUUGCUCCGCCUCUCGUCGCCGCGCUCGCCGCUGCUCUUGCUCCGCCUCUCGUCGCCGGGCUCGCCGCUGCUCUUGCUCCGCCUCUCGUCGCCGUGCUCGCCGCCAUUGUUGCUCUGCCUCUGGUCGCCGCCGUUGCUCCGCCUCUGGUUGCCGCGCUGGACACCGCUCUUGCUCUGCCUCUGGUCGUCGCGCUCGCCGUCGCUGUUGCUCUACCUCUGGUCACCGCCGCGCUCGCCGCCGCUCUUGCUCUACCUCUCGUCGCCGCGCUCGCCGUCGUUGUUGCUCUGCCUCUGGUCACCGCCGUUGCUCCGCCUCUCAUUGUCACCAUUGCUCCGUCGCCGUUGCUCUACCUCUCAUCGCCGCGCUCGUCGCCUUGUCCACUCUCUGUCUCACUCCAGGUGCGCCGCUUUCCUCAUUCCUUGACUCUAUCUUAG